CGCUGUUGUCGGUAUGGGAGGAGGAGACUUUUCUAUGGGAGGUCCGCCGAGUCGGCGUAGGAUUGCAGUUGCUGUUCCAGUGGAACGCAGCAGUAGCAGCAGCAGCAGCAGCAGCAAGAAGUGAGACGAUGGUUCCUUGGCAAAAGAAAGGCGCCCCACCUGGGGCGUCUCGGCCGAGGGAAGAAUGACCAAGGGAGCAGGUUGAAGCACUGAACGGCUAUAAAUAAGUACGACGCAGACAGUCUAGUCAUUCAGCCGCCGCGAGCUUGUUAUCUCCUCCGAUUUAUCAGUGCUCAACUCUUCCACUAAUCCGCCGACUCGCCGACUCGCCGACUCGCCAAGUCCUCCCCCCUCCCACCAAGAGGAAUUCGGGUUGAACCAAACUCGUCCAACGACCUGAUUUCCGUACGGCUCGCUCCAGCCCUCCGCGUCCGACUCCCCUCCACCAUCUCGCGGUUUUCUCGAGUCGUCGCCAUGGCUCGCUCGCUUUCCGCCAUCGCCCUCGCGGCUGCUGCACUCGUCGCCCUGCUCUGCGCAACUCAGUCCGAGGCAAGGGUGUUCACAGUGGGAGGCGGGGGCCUCAGCCCGUGGGGCUACGGCGUGAUGAAGUGGCACCCCAAGGGGGCCAUUCACAAGGGCGACACCCUCUUGUUCAAGUGGAGGGGCAUUCCGCAUGACGUGUGGCUAAUGAACAACGUGGCCGCGUACAACAACUGCAACUUUACGGAUGCUAAGAGGAAGACAGGCAUCACCAGCUUCGGCAUGUACAGGUAUAAGGUCAGGAGCACUGCUUCACCGCUCUACUUCUCCUGCAGCGUGCCCAGCCAUUGCUCUGCAUUCAACAUGAAAGUGGCUGUUACAAUCCAUGCAUGAAUGCCCAUGCUAAUGGCAGCCUUGCGUGUCGUGCUUUCCACUUGCUAAUUAUCAUUAGGUUUGCUUUCUUUGUGCGAGAUCCGUGCUUGUAUAACCUUGUACAUAGCAGCCCUGUGGUGUGGAAGAGUUGUGUUCUAUAGAUUCCUGGUUCCAAAUC